GCCCACGCGUCAGCGGGUGGAACAUCCCGCGCCUGCGCGUUGGGUUCGCCGCCCGCCCGCCCCUCCGCGUGCGGGGAGCUUUAUUUAAAACGCCCUCCGCCUCGGCUUGGCGCUACAGUGACGAUAACCGCCGCGGCAACAAACAUUCCUCCUCCCUCUUUGCCCCUCUCCCCCGCUCCCCGCGCAUGAUCCGCUUCCUCUAGCCAUGUCGCCCCCGUCGUCGCCGUCGCCUCCGUCGUCUUCCGAGGAGGCGGCGGCGGGCCCCGGCAAGCCCGGUUCGGCGGGCGCGAUGGUGGCCCCCGGCAGGUCCAGCUCGGCGGCCCGCGGGAAGUCCGGUUCGGCGGGGGCCAUGGGCCGCGGCAAGUCCGGUUCGGUGGGUGCGGUGGCCUCGGGCAAGUCAAUCUGGGCGGAGAUGGGCGUGGCGCCGUUCCAGGACGGGCAGUACGUGCGCCUCCGCAACCGCGGCCGCGGCGGUUACCUCUGCGCCGACGAGACGGGGCGGGGCGUCUCCGUCGACCACCGCCGCGGGAUGGCCAACACGGCGUGGGUCGCGCAGGUCCUGGAGACCGACACCAACUACUUCGUCCUGCUCCGCGGCGCCUACGGCCACCACCUCGCCGUCACGCGCGACGAUGCGCCCCCCGGCCACGUCGGCUGCAGCGCCGCCCAGUGCGCCUUCGACGACCCGGACGACUCCCACGUCAUGUGGUGGUCCACCCCCGGGAAGAGCGGCAGCGUCGUGCUCCUCCACGGCACGUCGGCCAGCCUCAGCGCGCUCCGGGCCAACGGUCGGUACCGCCGCUGGCACAGGGGCGUCACCGUCGAGGCCAUCAACCGCUCCCGCGUCACCUCGAUGAUGGAGUGGGAGGUUCAGGUCAUCCCCCUGAGGGUGGAGAGGCCGCCGUACCAGCUGCGACCGGGAGGCCCCGACAUCCCAUGGCACCAAGGCUCUGAAGAGACUGUGCAAGUCAAUUGCGUCGUGGCAGAUGAUAACGGAAGCACAGAUGAGCGGGGCGGGGAAGCUCUCACGCUCCAUGGCAGGAGUCUGAUGGGGCUGGGCAAUGAACUGGCGCAGCGGCUGGGCGACGGCCUCAACUUCCAGGACAUCACCCUCUGCAUUCGGGCAGGCAACCUUGCGCAGCCCACCAUUCUGCUCACCGACCUGCCCCAUAGAGACGACCCCGUUGACAUCGUGGUGUUCAGAGUUGGCACACCAGGGCAUGACCGACUGCUGUUUCCAGAUCUUGAUGCUGAAUAGAAGAGACGGAUAGGAUCAGACAAGAAUGAAUUCUUCCCCUGGACAGUACUGUCAACGCCUCCACAAUUUUACAGCAGAGUGAUGGCCUAACAAGGAUUAGCAGUUUACCUUCUUAUAGCAGUUCAUACAAUACAGUGUGUAGGGUUUCCUCUAGAAUAGUCACCCAGUUCCAGGAAAGUGCAAGUGAUGCGCUCUUCUUUGCCACUUCAUAUUUGGAACACCAGGAGACGACGCUAUUUGUUUGGUGUUUCUGAAACUUCAGAGAAAUAAAACAGUGGUGCUGGCUUGUAGGAACAAAAUAUGUUGGAAGUGCCUAUAGUAGAUUUUUCCUGGUUA